AUCCCGCUGCAGCCAUUGCCGCAACCACGAUGCCGAAACGAAAGAAGCAGAAUCAGCAACAGCAGCCGCAGCAACAGCCUCCACUACCAGAGCAGGAAGAGAUUGGAGACGAGGAGGAUGGGAGUCCUAUCGGACCACCCAGCCUUCUGGGCCCUCCCCCCAUGGCCAAUGGAAAGCCUGGCGACCCCAAGUCAGCUCUUCACAGAGGUCCUCCGGGAUCAAGGGGACCAAUAAUCCCACCGCUGCUGAGUCUCCCACCUCCUCCCCGGGGCAGAGGCCCAAUUCGGGGAGGCCUAGGCCCCAGGUCUGGCCCAUACGGUCGUGGUUGGUGGGGAGUCAAUGCUGAACCUCCUUUUCCUGGACCAGGCCAUGGAGGUCCCUCCAGGGGAGGCUUUCACAAAGAGCAGAGAAACCCUCGAAGGCUCAAAAGCUGGUCUCUUAUCAAGAAUACCUGCCCACCCAAGGAUGGACCCCAGGUUAUGGAAGACAAAUCCGACCGCCCUGUCUGCCGACACUUUGCCAAAAAGGGCCACUGUCGAUACGAGGACCUCUGUGCCUUCUACCACCCAGGCGUCAAUGGACCUCCUCUGUGAGACUGUGCCUUCCCAUCCAGGCUGGAAGGAGCCCUCUGACCUAGCGGCCAUACACUUCCCUAGGGCCCUGAGAUGGCUACUCUGAGGUGGUUUCACUCACUACCCUCAGUCAGUGAUGCCCACCCCCAUCGCCACCUCCCCAACUUGGGGUCCAGAGUUGUUCCAUCGCUGGUGCGCGGUGUGCACUCUUCUGAUCCCGCUUCCAGAGACUCGUCUUCAGGACCCCAUCUUCGCUCCAUUCAACUGCCUCCUGGAUCCUUUUCCCCCUCGCCGACUGACUGCGGAACAGGAAACCUCUUUGGUGCUGUUUCUUGUGCAUCUGUCUGCCCAGCCCCCGGGAUUGCCCUGGAUUCCUGAGAGCCCUGGAGCAGUUUCCUGCCAAUCCCUUCUUCCAGCUACUUGUUUGAAGUUCUUUUUACGUGACAGCCCCUACCCGCAAUGUUGUCAGCUGCUCCGUGACACUCAUCAGGUCGUCUGACCUGGGGUCAAGUGUGGAUGGCUGGUCCAGAGUUACUCCCCGAGAGGCCACUCUCCCUGCUUCUGGAUUUCGUAGUUUCUGCGUCAGUAGCAUGAUCCCCACCGCUAUGGUCUGUGAUCACUGUGCUUUGUGAAACUGUGCAUCCCCUGUAGCCUUUCUCGGUGUCUGUGGCAUUUUUGUGACUUCCCAACACUAGAGUAAGUUUUUCUGCCAAAACGAGUGGGGCCGUCGGUGCCCUCUAGACUUCCCCACCUCCCAACAUGGGAGAAUUGUGAAACUUCACACAAGACUGCCUCCCUGGUCCUGCCCGUUCCUCUCCUGGUGUCGGUUUCUCUGGGUUUGACACAGGCCCGAGAGAUGUCCUUCAAAGCCUCAGAUGGGCCUACCCUGUCUCCUCUUCAGCCCAUUUUAGUUAGACUACUUCAUUGUGAGGCCACCAGCCCUUUCGUUUGAAUUCUGUGAAUCUCCACCUGGGCUACCUGUGGGUGGAACUUGGAUAGUACUGUCGCCCUCUUCCAACCUUCUUCCCCUGCAUCCCUGGCACUGGUUGUUUUCUGUGAAAACGGCAGUGAACAGGCUCAGUUUUGAACUGGCCCUGAGGAAAUGGGUCAGGAGUUGUGUGGGCAAGAGGGAGGGGUGAGAGCCGUUGGAGAACUGAGAAUGAAUUUUUUUUUAACAUUUUUUUACAUUAGUAAUAAACACAGUGGAAACAAA